ACACGAUUGGGAGCGUUGGCGGUGGAGGAGCUCGUAGAGGCCCUCUCGGAUCAGGUGGAGUGGAUAGGCAACAGGCACCACCUCGUGAAGCACAAGGGCAUUGAUUUUGCUCGAGUGCAGUGCGAGACGCUUCUGCCGCCAGCGGUACAGGCGGCGCAGGCGCGGCGGACAGAAAAGACGGGACUGUUGCUGAAAAUUCCCAUGGUGAAGAUCGAGGUGAACGGAAGGCGGCACUGGGUGCUGGUGUUGAUACCACACCACGUCGUUCGACUAGUGCGGCCCGUGACGUCCUACCUGUCAAGCUCCUCCCUGCAUAGCUUCAUCCACCGCAACCCCUUGCUCUUCAGUGCAUGCGAAGCAUCCCACCAGCGGGAAGACCCCAUUACUGCGGAACCCAACACAAAUCGCACCACAACCCCGACCCCGCAGCCGCGCAGGUCAUUAGCGGAUGAUCGCGAUUGGUGA